GCGAGAGGCACAGGGUCAUGCGUACGGUGCACGAACUGGAAAUGCGUCUUGCUCUAUCCCUUCUCGAUCGCUGCCUCGAGCACGACACGGAGACGGGCUGGAAGCAGGAAGCGGAGCAGCACGCUGAAAUUCGCGCGCGCGUCGACCAAGAAAACGAGUUUCUGCGCAAGACGCUCAUGGAGCAAAUGAAGUUCAUCCAGCGGCUCCAAGACUACUUUACCAAGCAGCCGCUCCUCAACGCGCCGUCGCUCAACAAGAUGCUGACGACCGCGCCGUC